AACGUGAUUACAUUCUGUCAAAGUAGUUAGUUUUGCCGUUUCGCUCGCUUCGGACGUUGUACGCGUUCGCUGUUCAUUUUAGUACAGUUUCGUAUCGUAUCGUGUAUCCUAUAAUAAUAUAUAGCGAACAUGACCGGUCGCGGCAAGGGAGGCAAAGGUCUUGGAAAAGGUGGCGCCAAGCGACACAGGAAGGUGCUGCGUGACAACAUCCAGGGCAUCACGAAGCCCGCCAUCCGUCGUCUUGCUCGCAGUGGUGGUGUCAAGCGUAUCUCUGGUUUGAUCUACGAGGAAACUCGUGGUGUUCUGAAGGUGUUCCUUGAGAACGUCAUCCGUGAUGCCGUCACCUACACGGAACACGCCAAGAGAAAGACGGUCACCGCCAUGGAUGUCGUCUACGCUCUGAAACGCCAGGGCCGCACUCUGUACGGUUUCGGCGGUUAAAUGAUGAUGAUGAUGGAGGUGGUUGACGAUAUUGAUCAUCAUCAUCAUCACCGUCCGUCGUCAUCAUUUAUAAUAAUAAAAGGCCCUUUUUAGGGCCGCAAAAUUGUCUAAAUUACCGAUUAGUUUCCGGUGGAAUGGAUAUAAGUUUUUUUUUACGACCAUAGGUUAAUAAAAUAAAAAAAAAAAAAAAAAAAAAAAAAUA